GCCAUGGAGAUCCGAGGCCUAAUCACCCGAUUGCUAGGUCCAUGCCACUUUCGACAUCUAAUAUUGUGCAGCUUGGGACUCUACUCCAUCCUGGUCCAUUCAGUAUACUGUCGACAUCAUGACAUCGGUAGUUCGGCUGCACACCAGCUAGGAUCGAAACACUCGUUACAAUCAUCAUCCUUGUUAUCGUCAUCCUCGCAAUCGUCGUCAUCGUUAGCUGAAGAGCCAACGUUGAAUAAAGAUUCAGGUCACGGGGAUUCUGUUCGAAUUGUAGAUGCUGAACUAGGUACGCUAGAGCGCGAACUUGUCCAUGGCACUACUACCCGGCGUCGAGGCUUGACGAGGAGAGAAUCUAGUGCAGAUUCAUCCGAUAAUGAUCCGCUGGUUGUAACCACGGAUAAAGGAAAAAUCCGGGGAGUCACGUUAGAAGCUCCCAGUGGAAAGAAAGUCGACGCCUGGAUGGGAAUCCCCUACGCACAGCCUCCGCUAGGACCAUUGAGGUUCAGACAUCCUAGACCGGUCGAAAAGUGGGUGGGGGUUCUUAAUGCGACAAAACCACCAAAUUCGUGUGUUCAGAUUGUGGACACCGUGUUUGGUGACUUUGCCGGUGCCACUAUGUGGAACGCAAAUACGCCACUAUCGGAAGACUGUCUUUAUAUUAACGUGGUUGUGCCACAUCCGCGACCAAAGAAUGCCGCUGUCAUGCUGUGGAUUUUCGGAGGAGGAUUCUACUCGGGCACUGCAACUCUUGACGUGUAUGACCACCGAACGCUGGCAUCGGAAGAGAAUGUCGUCGUAGUUUCACUGCAGUAUCGCGUUGCUAGUUUGGGAUUUUUGUUUCUGGGGACACCCGAAGCUCCUGGAAAUGCUGGAUUAUUCGAUCAAAAUUUGGCCCUACGGUGGGUUCGUGAUAAUAUUCAUAGAUUUGGGGGUGAUCCUGGUAGGGUCACACUAUUCGGUGAAAGUGCUGGGGCAGUCUCCGUUUCCUUGCAUUUGUUGUCAGCACUUUCAAGGGAUUUGUUCCAGCGUGCUAUUCUACAAAGUGGAUCACCUACUGCCCCUUGGGCUUUGGUUUCUCGCGAAGAAGCUACGCUUAGAGCUCUUCGUUUGGCCGAGGCUGUGAAAUGUCCACAUGAUGUAACGAAACUAAGUGAGACUAUCGAGUGCCUCCGCGCCAAAGACCCCAACUUACUAGUAGAUAACGAGUGGGGCACCUUAGGGAUUUGCGAGUUUCCUUUCGUUCCAGUUGUCGACGGUGCAUUCCUUGAUGAGACGCCACAGCGAUCUCUAGCUAGCGGCCGGUUCAAAAAGACAGACAUCCUUACUGGAAGUAAUACUGAAGAAGGAUAUUACUUUAUUAUCUACUACUUAACAGAGCUAUUAAGAAACGAAGAAGGAGUUACUGUAUCAAGGGAAGAAUUUUUACAAGCAGUCAGAGAACUGAACCCAUAUGUAAACGGGGCAGCCAGACAAGCCAUUGUGUUUGAGUACACUGAUUGGAUCGAACCCGAAAACCCAAACAGCAACAGAGACGCCCUAGACAAAAUGGUGGGCGAUUAUCAGUUCACUUGCAACGUAAAUGAAUUCGCUCAACGAUACGCCGAAGAGGGGAACAAUGUGUUCAUGUAUCUGUAUACUCACAGAAGCAAAGGUAAUCCUUGGCCUAGAUGGACCGGUGUAAUGCACGGUGAUGAAAUUAACUAUGUGUUCGGUGAGCCACUGAACCCAGCGCUCGGAUAUAUUGAGGAGGAAAAAGAAUUCAGCAGAAAAAUCAUGCGGUACUGGUCCAAUUUUGCUAAAACGGGCAAUCCAAACUCUAAUCCUCCAACCGCAGAGCUUCCAGAAUGGCCGAAACACACCGCUCACGGCAGACACUAUUUAGAGCUGGGUCUGAACUCAAGCUUUGUGGGUCGAGGACCACGACUGCGGCAGUGCGCAUUCUGGAAGAAAUAUUUACCACAACUAGUAGCAGCUACCUCUAAUCUACAAGCAACUCCUGCGAUUAGCGUACCCUGUACAAGCAGCGCAGCAUCCUAUCGACCCCUGUUACUUCUAAUAGUGUCCCUAGUCUUAGUAAUGCGAUUUAAAAUAUAA